CCGAUCACACUCAAGAUCAGCUCAUGGUAAAGAAGAGACAGAUUUCUCUGGAGGACAUCACAUCUUUAUCGCGUCUCUGCAGCCGAAAUCAAAGAGUACAUUUGGCCAAAGAGAACUUUUGUAAGAAAACAAGCUCUAAAGCGGAUGGCAACUAAGUCAGAAGAUGCAUUGUGUGUCUGAUGAGCGCAAACUCUGCCAGUCAAAGUCCGUCAGUGAAAGCUUGGCACAUAAAGGAAUACCUGCGAUGAAGAAACCCGCAAGAAGCUCCACUCGGUAAGAAGUGGAAGAGUGACAUUCAGAGAGAAAGAUAAGACAGAAGAGAGUGGAGGCCAAAGACCAAACACCAGCGCGUCCUCAAAUGAUGGGGAUAAAGCACCUUCUGCUUCUUUUGAUUUACUUAGACCCGCUGAAUGUCCUGUGCGCCGCCACCACCAAUAAAAAGAGCAAAACCCCGCCGAGGAGGAACCCAAAGGUGAAGGAGGUCAACGGCAGUACCACUGCGGUCCCGUUGGCCGCGGCCGUUCCGGGGAAGAUCACCCAGGUCCAGGCUCCCUCGGUCCAACACGACACCUGCCUGGGCUACUACGACGUGAGCGGGCAGUACGACAAAGAGUUCUCCUGCAACAACACCGACCACCGCUUCUGUUGCGGCUCCUGCUUCCUGCGCUUCUGCUGCGCGGACCGGGGGAAGCGGCUGGAGCAGAAGAGCUGCACCAACUACAACACGCCGGACUGGAUCAAAACCCAGCCCCCUUCACCGGCGCCAACAGGUGACACGUACGACCCAGAGCUGGACCAGACGAACACCACGGUGUACAUCACCUGCGGGGUCAUAGCGCUCAUCAUCGCCAUUGGGAUUUCUGCCAAAGUUGCCUAUGAUAAAGCCACCAAGCCCCCUCAGGAAAUGAAUGUGCACAGAGCCCUGGCAGACAUUCUGAGGCAACAAGGACCAGUUCCAAUUUCUCAGUAUGAUAAUGAAAACACUGCAGCAAUUGAUGGGUCGCCCAAAGACGAGACACCUGUCAGGACCUCGAAGAAUCACUAUACACCUGUUCACACCAAGGCAUCAAACCACGGGCAUUAUGGGAAAGAAAACCUCCGCAGCGGAGGUCAAGACAUGCACAACUUCAUCUCCUCUGGGUUUGUGACACUCGGACGUGGCCACUUGAAAGCGCAGCACUCCAUAGACGAAUCGGGGCAGAUGUCCUGGCAGGGCGACCUGGACAUCCCCAUCUCCUACGCUAUCACCAGUCUCUACACACAGAACGUGUAG